CGUUCCGCAUGAAUGGUAUAGAAAACACUUUGAAUUGGUAAUGUGCUAAAUAAACUAGCCUUACGAGUAUAGCUGUACAACACCUGACAGGGAGAGGCAGAACUUUCCUUCCGCUGCUGCUAGUAUUUGUAGUUCAUAGUUGCAGUAUGAAAGGCGAUUUAGACGACACCGAAUCAGAGUUAACAGAAAAGUCACCUUUACUAACAAGUAGUGGUGGAUCACGGUCAUUAAAGCUUCCCGAUGUGUCUGUUAAAUCUGGUGAGAAGGAUGACAAGCCACAAAACAUGGUACCGUUUGGAAAAUUGUUUAGUUUUGCAGACUGGUAUGACUGGUUUUUGAUGAUUAUUGGGAGUCUCGGUGCAUCGAUAUUUGGUGGAAUGCAACCUGGGCAGUUUAUCAUUUUUGGAAGUCUUACUGAUGAUUUUGUUGAUUAUGGACGAUGUAAACUGACAGUCAAUUGCACCGAUCUUCCUGACAUUGAAGACUCAACUAGGACUAUUGCGUACUGGUAUAUUGGUAUUGCGCAUGUUAUUCUCGUCAGUGGUUAUCUUAUGAUGGCAUGUUGGGGUCUUGCAGCUGAGAGACAAAAUCACAAAAUCAGACUAGAAGUGUUUCGUUCAAUCCUGAGACAAGAUAUUGCUUGGUUUGACAACCAUGAUGCAGGAGAACUGAAUUCUAGACUGGUCGAUGAUUUGAAUAAAAUAGUGGAUGGUAUGGGAGAGAAGCUUGCCCGCUUUAUACAAUGUAUGAUGACAUUCAUUGGAGCCUACAUCAUCGGGUUUAUUUAUGGCUGGCAAUUGACUUUAACUUUACUGGCAAUGUUACCGCUAAUGGCUUUAUCUGGUGGAAUCAUGGGGAUGCUAGCAGCCGGCUUCACUGCUCAAGAAGUGAAUGCCUAUGCAAGAGCUGGAAGUGUGGCAGAAGAAGUUCUUUCCUCCAUGAGAACCGUUGCAGCUUUUGGUGGGGAAGAGAAAGAAGCUGAGAGAUAUGGCCAGUUCCUUGGUGAAGCGAGUAAUUUUGGCGUGAAGAAAGGGCUGGCAAUGGGAUGUGGAAUGGGUUUUCUUCAAAUCGUUGUUUUUGCAUCGUAUACAUUGGCAUUUUGGUAUGGUUCAAAGCUUGUUAUUGAUCACGACAUGACUAGCGGUGAUAUGAUGACUGUCUUCUUUUCGGUUAUAACUGGAUCGAUAACUCUUGGUCAAAUUGGUCCAAAUCUUCAAGCAAUAACUACAUCUCGUGCUGCUUCGUACAGUCUUUUUGAAAUUAUUGAUAGGAAACCUCAUAUCGAUUCUCUUUCUGAGGAAGGUAUUAAACCAGCAAAGUUUGAAGCAAAUGUUGACUUCAAUAAAGUGAGAUUCACCUAUCCAACAAGACCUGACCUCAAGGUUUUAAGAGGUUUCAGUCUACAUGUACCAGAAGGAAAAACAGCAGCCUUGGUUGGUGGAAGUGGUUGUGGAAAAAGUACAGUUAUUAAAAUAAUUCAGAGGUUUUAUGAGAUGUCAAGUGGCACAGUUAAAGUUGGUGGUCAUGAUAUCACGUCAUUGAACGUUAAAUGGUUGCGUAGUUAUAUUGGAGUGGUUAGUCAAGAACCAGUAUUGUUUGCGACCACUAUUGCUGAGAAUAUUUCAUACGGACGAGAAGAGGCGACAAUGGCCGAGAUUGAAGAGGUCGCGAAACAAGCCAAUGCUCACAACUUCAUUUCACAAUUUCCACAGGGUUAUCAUACGCUCUGUGGUGAACGAGGAGCUCAGAUGAGUGGAGGUCAAAAACAACGUAUUGCCAUUGCUCGAGCGUUGAUUAGAAAUCCAAGGAUAUUACUGUUGGAUGAAGCAACAUCGGCUCUUGAUACUGAAAGUGAAUCCAUUGUACAAGAUGCUUUGGAUAAGGCAAGCGAAGGCCGUACAACAAUCGUGAUUGCACAUCGACUGUCCACCAUCAAGAACGCGGACAUGAUUGUUGCUGUGGAUAAGGGCAAGGUGAAAGAAAUUGGAACUCAUGACGAACUCAUGACUGCUGGUGGAAUUUACAAAGAUCUUGUCACUUUACAGAUGUUAGCGGCAGAACAAGAUAAACCAGAUGAACCGGAUGAAAAAGGAGAUGGUGAAGAGAAAGUGGACAUGCAGUUAAGCAUUUCAUCAAGUGGCAGUGUUGCCGCAAAUGUGAGAUUUGGAAGACAGCUCUCUCGCCAACAAUCCAGGAAGUCAAUGGUAAAAGAUGAAAUCAUUAUAGAAGAAGAGGUUGAACCUGCUCCCAUAUUUAAAGUAAUUAAACUUAACUUGCCUGAAUGGAGAUUUAUGGUAGUGGGAAGUGUUGGCUCAGCAUUGACUGGAGCGUUUCCUUUCGUCUUUGCUUUAAUUCUUGGUGAACUUAUGGGAGUCCUACAACACAAUAUUGAUGAUGAAGAUGAAAGAGAGAUAAUGAGGGAUGAUUCUCGGAAAUGGGCUUUAUUGUUCUUAGCAAUAGGAGGUGGAACUGCGAUUGGUUUCAUACUUCAGAACUGGAUGUUCGCUAAAGCUGGAGAGACUUUAACAGCAAGACUACGCAAACAAGCUUUUGCAGCAAUGCUUCGACAGGAUAUUGGAUAUUUCGAUGACGUCAUGCACAGCACUGGAGCUCUCUGUACACAAUUAUCAACUCAUGCUUCUGCUGUACAAGGGGCAACUGGUCCAGCCAUUGGCUUGGCAAUUUCCUCUAUGGUAACUGCUAUUGGUUGUCUAAUGGUCGCCUACAUAGCUGGUUGGAAGUUAAGUCUCGUUAUUACGUGUUUUGUCCCAUUUAUUGUCGUCGCUGGAAGUUUGUCAAUGUUGCUACUUGGCGGGAAAGCAAGAUAUGGUGGUGAUGAAGAGAGUGGGCAGAUCGCAAUCGAGACAAUUUCGAAUAUGCAAACAGUUGCCUCACUUGGCAGAGAAGAGUUAUUUUUUGAAAGAUAUAUGGACGUUGCUGAGAAGAACUUUGCAAAGAGCAAGAAAAGUGCGCACUACAGUGGUCUCUCAAUGGGUACAUCUCAGUGGAUUCUCAAUGUGUGUAGCGCUGUUGCCAUGUGGUAUGCUGGCAAGCUUGUCAAUGAUGACGAAAUGGAAUUCCCUGACGUAAUGAAAGUGUUAAUGGCAAUUAUUAUGGGUUCACUAAUGAUUGGUCAACUAGCAGCGUUAAGUCCUGAUUUUGGCAAAGGAAGAAUUGGUGCAGCACAUCUUUUUAAGUUGUUCAGUAGAAUACCGGCAAUUGACAGUGCUUCUGAAAAAGGCGUCAAACCAGAUGUUGUAAGGGGAGAUAUAGAAUUCAAAAAAAUCGAGUUUCGCUACCCAGCAAGGCAAAGCGUCAAAGUUUUACGUCGCCUUAACCUUGGAGUAAAAUCUGGUGAAACGUUAGCUCUAGUUGGAAGCAGCGGUUGUGGCAAGAGUACAUCUGUCUCACUUAUUGAAAGAUUUUAUAACGCAGAAGCAGGUUCAAUUACAUUAGACGACAAUGAAAUAAAUGCACUAAACGUGAAAUGGUUACGAAGUAAGAUUGGUAUCGUGUCUCAGGAACCGGUGUUGUUUGAUUUGACAAUACGUGAGAAUAUUGCAUAUGGAGAUAACACGAGAGAAGUUAGCAUGGAGGAAAUUAUACAAGCCGCAAAGAAUGCUAAUAUUCACGACUUUAUUAAUUCUCUGACUGACCGUUAUGAAACAAGAGUGGGUGAUAAGGGUACAUUAAUCUCCGGUGGGCAAAAACAGAGAAUCGCCAUUGCUCGGGCUCUUAUUCGUAAUCCAAAAAUUCUUCUUCUGGACGAAGCGACGUCCGCUUUAGAUACGGAAAGUGAAAAGGUCGUCCAGGAUGCGUUGGAUAAAGCGCGGGAAGGUCGCACAACUUUAGUGAUUGCUCACCGUUUGUCCACUAUUCAAAAUGCUGACUGUAUUGUUGUGCUGAGAAGAGGCAAGGUUAUUGAGCAAGGCACUCAUCAAGAGCUUAUUAACAAGAAAGGAGCCUAUUAUGUUCUUCAAAAAGCACAAGCACUUGGAUCAAACUUGUGAUCGGUUUAUGCAUGGCCACCCGCGUGUUUGCAUUGUCAUCUAUACUUGAUGCAUGUUAUUUAGGAACUUUAGCUUAUGAACUUUUAUGCAUUUAACAUAUUUCAUGAACUUAUAACUUACAUAAGUCAUUAUUUGUAUCGUUUGUCGUCAAGAACUCAUAAAUGGUUGAUGAAGUAUUUUAUUGCUUCUGUUGGGGUGUAAAAUGAAUUCAUUGAUUGAGUUGGAGGCGUAAUUGAGUUGGAGGCGUAAUUAAAAUUUGAAAUUACAAAUUUGGCAAUUCGAGAUGACUGGAAAGGGGUCUGGGCACCAGUAGAUGUCAGUGAACUUAAAUAAGACUGGAACGCUAGCAAUGCAAAAAAAAUUUGAAGCCAAGAUGUCGGAAUAUGA